AUGGGAGUUCCUGCUGGUGAUUUUGAAAAAGGAAAGAAGCUUUUCGUUCAAAGAUGCGCUCAAUGUCAUACCAUUGAGGCUGGUGGCAAACACAAAGUAGGUCCUAACUUACAUGGAAUAUGGGGUAGAAAGACAGGUCAAGCACCUGGAUACACUUACACCGAAGCCAACAAAGCUAAAGGUAUUUCAUGGAACCAAGAUACGCUCUUUGAGUACUUGGAGAACCCGAAAAAGUACAUUCCAGGUACAAAGAUGGUGUUCGCCGGAUUAAAGAAACCCCAAGAACGGGCUGACCUUAUUGCUUACAUUGAGAAAGCCAGCAAGUAA